AUGGCGCCCUCAAAGCAAAUCACCGUCACCCCUCGAUAUCUCCUUCCCCGGUUGACCUGGAACGGUACACCCCGCAUCACCAUCACAGCCAUCCAAGGCGCGCCUAUCUCGACUAUCCGUUCGCAGGGCAAUAAGGCAGAAGAAUAUCAUAUAAACAGUCGAAAAUACCAUACGCCGUCGACUCCCGUGCGCAGAUCUUCGGUUUCAUCAACUCGCUUCUCAUCCUUGACAACGUCAUCGUCACCCCCUUCGAAAACUUCUCCAAAUACAGACAGCACGCCUAUCCGACAUAAUGGUGUAUAUGUCGCCGCUUUCAAACCUGCACGACGCGCAUUUCAUGCGUCGGCUAUCAUGAGCCGUGAACAUCAUUUCGAUACGCUGAAAUUCGUGCAAAGACUGAAGAUGGAAGGGUUCAGCGAAGAACAAGCGGUUGCCAUGAUGAAGGUGCUUAACGAUGUUAUUCAAGAGUCUAUUCAAAACUUAACACGGACUAUGGUUUUGAAAGAAGACUCCGAGCGAGCAACAUACACACAAAAAGUGGAUUUCGCAAAACUGCGGUCCGAACUAUUGAACUCCGACUCGACAGAAGCACAGUUAACACGCUCCUCCCACGAACGAAUAGCAGCAGACUUGGCCAAGAUGAACUCUAGACUACGAGACGAAAUCAGCCGCACACAAGCCUCCGUGCGACUAGAUCUGAAUUUAGAGAAAGGCCGUAUUCGAGAGGAGGCCAAUAGCCAAGAAAUGCGAAUCAAGGAGACCGAGACGAGGAUUGAGCAGGAAGUUGCCGGAUUGAGGGAACGAGUGCAAGCUGUGAAGCAGUCGACUUUGCAAUGGCUCGUUGGUGUUUGCACUGGUACCGCUGCUCUUAUUGUCGGUGCUUGGCGCUUGUUGAUGUAG